AUGGGUCAUCGGGUCUCACCAACGGUACUCAACGUAUCAGACUAUCUUGUGGCGUCUGCGGCCGAGAUCCAGAUGGAAGCUGGAAUGGUAGCGUCACGCCGGGGCCUCUCCUUGCGGCCAGGCGUCACAAAUCUCGCUUACCUGCUUAGCGAGAGGGAGUUGUCCACGAAACAAGGCUUGGACUUUCGGUACGUAGAGAGGUAUGGUGCGCUGCCCAGUUCCAAUCCAGAGUUAGUGUACUACCUGGGAGACACUGCAGAGUAUUGCACCUGGAGUGCGGUGAGCAGCGCAAUCCCCACGUACCGCCGUAACAAGCACGCAAAGUACUGGCUGCCAUCGAUGCAGAGAUGGAUGACUGCCAAGGAACGCUUGGUCUCCAUGGGGUUCCCUUGUACCAAGGAGUUGGCCGAGAGCAUGUCUGUGCCAGCACUUGGGGCCACGGACGUGGCCAGGGCAGGUGACCUGCUCGGCAACGCUAUGCACUUCACGACGUGUGGCAUCAUGCAGCUGAUUGCUUUGUCGUGCUUUGGACCACCCGAGGGGGAUGGUGUUGCUUUGCUACCCGGAGCCGGCGUGCGGGACCUCCUCUAG